AUGUUUCCAGGUUUCGGCGGGGAGUCUGUUGGCGACUUGAAUUCCGACUUUUCUUCUGAUGAUGAACUUCUCCAGCAAGCACUUCCCGUGGAGGAUUGUGACGAAAGGGAUCCACCGGACACUUCUAAAAUACUUCUGUGUCCGAACGAGUAUUUGCGAUAUGUUCGGUUAGAGGCUUCAAAACUUCCAGAAACUCUCGUUUCUCCGUUACACACACUGAAUAAUGAUGAAGUUGAGAUGACUGUAACUGAUCGUUCGCGGCCUUUUUCUCAUGAUUUUUCUGAAGCUUGGAAAUAUGCUCAAGCCUACAAGUUUCAAAAGUCACAGAAGGAGUUUAGCUAUUUGGUUCAACAUCUUCUUCCUACGAAUGACUUCCCCUCUGAUGCUGAUUCACUACUUUCUUCUCUCUCCUCGGAUACUUGUAUUAACUGGCUUGUGAAUCAUCCGCCCAUGCUUUUGUAUUUCGUUGGAUUAUCCCAGGCUAAUGUGUCACGUUUGCUCGAAACCCUUCUUCCAGCGUGUUCUCAGGCGAGGUGGAAUAGCGCUCUGCAACCCUGGAUUUACGGUAGCUUACUUUCACUGGAGCCGCCUCUCCUUCCGGGCACCUGCCACACCGUUCGGCAAAUCGGGAAGAGUUUUUGCAAGCAACUAAGGAAAAGUGAGCAUCGAAAAUUGAACGACUCGGGGGACAGGAUCUUUUGGUUUGUAAUUGUCAGUAUUGUUGCCUUUGCUUUUGGUCAACGAGAUCUCCUCGAGGAUAUUUAG